AUGUCUUGGAUUAUGAAUAGUAUGGAGUCUCAUAUAGCCCCAGCUAUUGCAUAUUAUACCAAGGCCAAGGAUAUGUGGUCUUUCUUGAGAAAGACAUACUCGCAUGCCACUAAUGUAAUCAAGAUCCUACAACUAGAAGAGGAGUUAUGCAACAUUCGACAAGGGGAUCAUGACCUAUCUCAAUAUUUUGCUACUUUGACUGCUGCAUAUGAACGGUUAAAGGCUCUUCGUCCACCUUGCCAGCAUUGUUAUGCAUCACACGUUGAGACUGGUAUGGUGGCGAAGUUUUUAUCUGGCCUAUCUUCAGAAUACUCUGUGGCAAAGUCUCAAAUUUUAACAGGCAGUAAACUUCCAGAUUUAGCAGACACGUAUAAUAGGCUGAGUCGUUUUGCAGCCACUCUUUCUCAGACUACGCAUGACACACCAGUCUCUGCAUUUGUGAUAUCAGGAGGACGGGGCCCUAGUUCUUUUGGAGGCACUAGGGGACGUGGUACAGGCUGUGGUGCUGGACGUGGCAGAUUUCAGUGCUCUUAUUGUGGCAAAAUUGGUCAUCUAGAGGAUCGUUGUUGGGACAAACAUCCUCACCUCAGGUCUAAUGUUUCCUCUGGACGUGGUGGAGGUAGAAUCACCACAAGCAGAGGUCCUUCUUCAUCCCAAGCAACUCAUUCAAAGGCAACAAUAUCUAUGGUUGAGUCUUCUACUGAUCCUUCUAUAUCUAUGUCAUAUUCUCUUAACCUAAGUAAGGAUGAAUAUGAUCGUGUUCUCGCUCAGAGGUCUGCCUCUACAUCUACCAAUGCUGCUGUUGUAGAUUCAGCAUUCUCUGUUGGUGCUCCUACUGCUGAUCCAGGACUUACCAACUGGGAAGAUGAUUGGUGGCAGCCAUGAGCAUGAGGGCCUUUAUUUUUUGUCAAUCCCAGUUGAUGUUGCUGCAUCUUCAGUCCCUUCCAAGCCUUC